GUUAUUCGUCGUCGAUAACCCUGACUCAGUGAAACUGCCAUAACGCCGUCCUACCGGCUUUUUUAGACUGUGGAUUUUUGAUAAAUAUUUUCUAAAAUGUUGGCUGUCGGUACCAAAAUUGGGGCGUUCGCUCCCUUUAUAAGCGCUACCUCUCAAAACGUAGCAUCACAACUAAGGCCAGCCGUGGUUGUCGCUCCCAAUUUACUCCCAACUUUCAAGGUUCCAUCCGACACAGCGAAACUCACAAAUGAAGCGAUGAGCGCUCUCAGACCACGCAGCAGUCUGAAAGUUACAUCGGGUGUGCAGGGCCCCAGCUAUGUCAGAUAUGCCCACACAGACAUCCAAGUUCCUGACUUCUCAGAGUACCGCCACUCAGACACACAAGAUCCCAACAAACCGGCCAGCCAGAAAUCAGUGGAUCGUAAGGCCUACUCCUACAUGAUGGUCGGCGCUGGCAGCAUUGCCACGGCCUACGUAGCCAAAACCCUGGUGACGGAUUUCGUCAGCACCAUGAGUGCGUCUGCCGAUGUUCUGGCCAUGGCCAAGAUUGAGAUUAAACUGGCUGAGAUCCCAGAGGGAAAGAAUGUGACCUUCAAGUGGCGCGGCAAACCCCUCUUUGUUCGGCAUCGCACCCAGGCUGAGAUCGACGACGUGACAUCCGUCGAAUUGUCCUCUUUACGCCACCCUCAGCACGACAACGAGCGCGUCCAGGAUCCCGAGUGGCUCAUCCUCAUCGGUGUCUGCACACACCUGGGGUGCGUGCCCAUCGCCAACGCUGGCGAUUUCGGUGGGUACUACUGCCCCUGCCACGGCUCCCAUUACGACGCUUCAGGCAGAAUCAGGAAGGGGCCCGCACCCGAGAACCUAGAGGUCCCGGAGUACGUCUUCAACGGUGAUGAGCUUGUAGUUGGAUAACUAUGGGCUUUAUUCUAGGUCUGGACUGAUGUUAACUGCCACUGACAUGCCUUGUACAUUUUGUAAACAGUCAGCACAAACAACCUGUAAUCCAGUUUGGUGUUUUAACUGUGUGUGUGCACCUCUAGAUUUGAGUUUCUCUUUGGGAUAGACAAUAUGCCUUCUGCCUGCAGAAUCAUGGGGUUAUUAACAACCUUUAGAAUAAUACCUGACUCCUAGGGAAGUUCCAAAUUCUGCAAAUAUUGGACUGCACAGUGUUUGGCAGUAUUCAUGUUUUUAACUUAUAUGUAAAACAAAAUGUAUUUCCAUAUUGUGUUUGCUUGCACAAAACAUUGCACAUUGCAGAUUAGGUUGCCAUUGCCCCAUAGACUCGUGUGCAUUUGUCUGCUGUAUUUUGUAUAAAUCUUCAAAUCUUGAUGUGGACAUAUGCAGUUGAAAUACCUAACUGACUUACUGUCAGCUUAAUACAUGUACUUUCAAACCUGUCGUUAACACUUUAAGUACCAUGAACAUCUUACAUAGUUCAUUUUUAGUUCCAGCUUGCUUUGAAUAGGCUUUGACUGGGAUAUACUCACUGCAAGAUCGAAAGGUGUAAGACAUAACGCGGGAUGUCCCAGGUACUACAAUUGGGCUAGCCGUAGCACGAUAACUUCAAUGUAACAUUAAGUUUUUUAACACUCCAAAUUUGUGCAUUCACAGUUGACAAGAUUUUUCCAGUCAGUCAUUGGCAGUGACACACAGUCCCGAGUAUUGUACAUGUACACAUGCAAUUUUAAUAUAAGACGUUUUGCUGAUUUUGUGCUCUGAAGUAUGUCCUCAGAAAAGAAAGAGAAUAAAAUAACUUUGUGUACAGAAAUGACACUAACUGCGAUAAAUUCCUGAAAGUAGUUAUAGCUCAAUCUCAUAAACAUGUGAAGCUGAAUGUACGGAGAAUUUAACCAGUUUAUCAAUUAAAACGAAAAUUUGAAAACAAAUCCUGUUUUCCAUUGCAUAUUGCUUCCUCGUUUUCAUUACAACUUCAAGGUAUUUAUUUUAACAAGUCUAUCGACACCGAUGUCGUCUUGGUCUUCAAACUCCUAAACGUUUGUGUGGCUUUGCAUUUAAUUCUGUCGCACUGUCACAACAAAAGAGCAUAUAUUCAUGUAAUUUCUGAAACCAUUUUGCUGGUUAGUUCUGUGACACCAGUUCUUAAAUUUACUCAUAAAAGUAAGUUCAAUUAGUUAUGCAUUGCAGCAGCAUGUAUUGUACACUUUUUCCCGAUUGCAGUUGACCAGUGUACAGAACUUUAAUACUGCAAUAGAAGAUCUUGACCCUUAUACAAAGUCUGUACAUGCAUACUUUUACUAAUUAAUGUUUGGUUUCACUGUUGUAAAGAAAUCCACUAUUAGAAGUUUGAUGACUAUGAAACAACGUACAAGGUUUGCAACUUAUCCGAGUGAAGUUUCAAUAAAUCUUUUCUGAAUUUAAA